AAUACACCUAGGACGGUCCCCGGGGUUCCACGGUGAGCGUGUUGAAAUUGACGCCGACAGCAAGGGACGACGGGAAGAUGCUGGCAUGCGAAGCGAGAAACCCCAAACUGAACUCCUCCUCGUAUCUCCUCGCUUCAAAGCAGCUUCGAGUCAGAUACCGGCCCGUGGCGACGGCCUAUCUGGACGACAGCAGAGAAGAUUCGGUGGUAGAGGGAGGGAAUCUGAUCAUCCACUGCGGAGUGAAGUCCUUCCCCACGGCUUACAAGGUCUCCUGGCUCCACAAGGGGCUUGGCGUGAAGAGCGGCGUGGCGAUGGGCGUGAGCGCGAUGAACCAGAGCCUCUUCCUGCGGGGUGUCCGGCGGUCUGCUGCUGGGGAAUACGCCUGCAAGGUCCACAACGAAGUCGGGGAGUCCUUCAGCAACGUCGUCAAGGUCAACGUGAAGCCUUAUCAGACUGAUGGGAAACAGCCCGAUCGGGAAAAAGGGAAUGCAACCGUGACGGGGCCCCACGAAGUUCGGGUGCACGAAUCUCCGAGAGGGAGGGGAAUAGGAUUUAAACGUUUCUUUCCAUUCGUUGAGAAUAGGAAGAAAGGUCUGGCAUCCCUCGCACUUGGUUGCUUGCGUAUGCAGUAUGGAAAUGUCAAAUUUACAUGUAUGAAGGCAUUCACGGAGAAGAAGUUUCUGGAGAAGCAGAAAGUUCAUCCGAUUGGAGUCAGCAUUGAGCCGAUCGUGAACGAAACCGAAGUGGUGAUCUAG